AUGUCUCUAAAAAAGGAUAAGACGACCAAAAAACACAAGAAGCCACACCAAAAAAGGGAACUUAGUCCUGUUGGACCAGACCGCCUUAUACUCCAAAUCGACUCUCAUCACGUCCGCAUAAUCGCUCAGCCACCCGUCAUAUCAGACCAUCAUGCCGCCGCCAUCACAGCCAUGACCCCCGGCACUGAUUCUCCUGACACCACCUCGAUUCGGCUCCUCAGUGGGUUCCUCACUGACUUUUUACGGUACUCUCGCGGAGAGGGCUCAAAAUGGCUGGUUGACGUUGCACAUGAUAUCUGUGAUCCCGUCCUUCGCAGGGGCUCAGUAGAAAAACAGAUGGGGCCGCAGCACUGGCUUGCGGUCGCUGACACAGAUCCCCUCACUGCGUCGGUCUAUCGCUACCAUCUUGAUGCAGGAGUGACGGUUGGCCUUGCAAAAAUCAGUCGCCGCGAAGGAAGGUCUCAAAGCAGCACAACUGGAAAUGCGACGACUAUGGCUACUCAUGUCAGGCAGCGUGAUGGAAGGUGCUGGGUGACGGGAGACACCUGUCCAUUGAUCAAUAGCCAUCUUUGCCCCAAGCGCAUGGGGGACUAUACGGCCAGAAUUAUCUUUCAAACAUUCACAGGCAUUGACCCUUUUCCCGAUCUCAUCAUUUUCCAUGAGAUGUUUGGCUUGAGUCUGACAAGGAAUCUAAAUGCUUUAUUUGACGUCUAUCAGUUGGGCUUUCGUUACAUUGCUCUGCAAACUUAUGAGUGCCAUGUGUUUGCUGAUGCAGGUGAUGAAGAAUAUGACCUAUAUGCAACAACAGGAGACAACAUCUUCAACCUGCCCCCCCUUCAUGGGCAGCGUGUACACCCUCCCAACCCCCACCACAUCCAUAAUCCACCAGCAGGACUCUUCCGUUGGCAUUACCUACAGUGUGUCAUCAAGAAGUUUGGACACCAUCAAUACACAAACCUUCAGAAUAUAAAUUUCCAUGAAUUACCUCUUCGAAUGGAAGGGGAUUCUGAUGAUGAUGGCACAGACAGUGAGUUGCAAUGGCCAUCCAUGGCUUUUGAUCUAGGGAGGAAUGUAGAGCAAAGCCUGAAGGAGCAUCAGCAAAACCUGAUUUUCCCACGUAGACAGGCAUAG